AUGCAAACCAAUCGAUUUGCUUUUCUUGGAAGACGGAUGUUGCAGGCAGUCGCCUCAAGAAAUACCGUCAGUAGCUUCAGUACCCGGAUGAAUCCAACGUCAUUCUGGUGGUCGAAAAAGUCCGCAGAACCGAGUAGUCAGAAAUCCGGGGAGCCGAGUCCGAAGAAAUCUGGGAAUCCAUGCGCGAAUAAAUCCGAGAACCCGUGCGCUAAGAAAUCCGUGGACCCAUGUGCGAAGAUACCCGAUAACCCAUGUACGAAGAAACCCGUGGACCUGUCAGCUAAAGUACCCGACAAUCCGUGUGCGAAGAAACCCGAGAACCCGAGCGUGAAGAAACCCGAAAACCCAUGUGCGAAGAAGCCCGAGAACCCGAGCGUGAAGAGACCCGAGAAUCCUUGUGAGAAGAAACCCAUGAACCCGGUAGCUAAGAAAGCCGAGAACCCGUGCGCUAAAAAACCCGAGAACCCAAGCGCGAAGAAACCUGAGAACCCGUGCUCGAAGAAAACCGAAAAGCCGAGUGCGAAGAUACCCGAUAACCCUUGUGCGAAGAAACCCGUGGACCCGAGCAGUAAGAAAACCGGAGAGCUGAGCGCGAAAAAACCCGACAACCCGUGUGCAACGAUACGCAUCAACCCAAGCGUGAAGAAACCCGACAACCCGUGUGCAAAGAAACCCGUGGACCCGUGCAAGUAA